AAGAUGUUCCUUAUGUGCAUAGAAGCCCCUUGUGCCACGCCUCUGAUCUGCAGUUUUGGCAGGCCGGUGGACCUGGAGAAGGACGACUACCAGAAGGUGGUGUGCAACAAUGAGCACUGCCCCUGCAGCACCUGGAUGCACCUGCAGUGCUUCUAUGAGUGGGAGAGUAGCAUCCUGGCACAGUUCAACUGCAUUGGCCGGGCCCGCAGCUGGAACGAGAAGCAGUGCCGCCAGAACAUGUGGACCAAGAAGGGGUACGAUCUGGCCUUCCGCUUCUGCUCCUGCCGCUGUGGGCAGGGCCACUUAAAGAAGGACACAGACUGGUACCAGGUGAAGCGGAUGCAGGAUGAGAAAAAAAAGAAGGCUGGGUCUGAGAAAAACACAGGGAGACCCCCCGGGGAGGCUGCAGAGGAGGCAAAAAAAUGCAGGCCCCUGAACAAGCCCCAGAAAAGCCUGAACCAUGACCUCCCCCGACGGCAUUCCAUGGACCGACAGAACUCUCAGGAGAAGACAGUCAGCACCACUGCCUAUGGUGGCCGCUCCCCAUGUGGUUCCCCUGGCCAGUCUCCACCCACUGGCUACUCCAUCCUCUCUCCUGCCCACUUCAGUGGUCCUCGCUCCUCUAGAUACCUUGGGGAAUUCUUAAAGAACGCCAUCCAUCUUGAGCCUCACAAAAAGGCCAUGGCUGGGGGCCACGUGUUCAGAAAUGCCCACUUUGAUUACAGUCCUGCUGGGGUAUCUGUUCACAGAGGGGGACACUUUGAUACCCCCGUGCAGUUCCUGCGGCGACUGGACCUCUCUGAGCUCCUUACUCACAUCCCCAGGCAUAAGCUGAACACUUUCCAUGUGCGGAUGGAAGAUGAUGCCCACGUGGGCCAGGGCGAGGAUCUGCGGAAGUUCAUUCUCGCAGCCCUCAGUGCCAGCCACAGAAACGUUGUAAACUGUGCUCUGUGUCAUCGGGCACUCCCUGUCUUUGAACAGUUUCCUCUGGUGGACGGAACUUUGUUCCUAAGUCCCUCAAGACAUGAUGAGAUUGAAUAUGAUGUUCCUUGUCACCUUCAAGGGAGGCUCAUGCAUCUGUAUGCAGUGUGUGUGGACUGCCUAGAAGGAGUUCACAAGAUCAUCUGCAUCAAGUGUAAGUCGCGAUGGGAUGGCAGCUGGCAUCAGCUGGGCACAAUGUAUACCUAUGACAUCCUGGCCGCCUCUCCCUGUUGUCAGGCCCGUCUGAACUGCAAGCACUGUGGGAAGCCUGUGAUCGACGUGCGGAUUGGAAUGCAGUACUUCUCUGAGUACAGCAACGUGCAGCAGUGUCCACACUGUGGGAACCUGGACUACCAUUUCGUGAAGCCAUUCUCCUCCUUCAAAGUUCUUGAAGCUUAUUGAUGAAAGCUUUGCUUUAGUAAUAGCUAUUUUAUUGAUAUUAUUACUUUAUUACAUAUCUUUUAUAGAGAAACAUUCUGUGACAUCAAUUUCUUUUCUAAUUUAAAGCAGAGUUACUUUGUAUACGUAUGCCACUAAAAUGGGGCUGUCCUUUCUCCUGUCUUGAUUCCCCGGUGUUAGUCUGUGAUCAGGACCAGAGCCAGGUGGGUGACCGUGUGAGUGUGAGUAGGGCUCAUUCUCACCAGGCGUCUCUGACGCAGCUUUAAAGUGGUGGGGAGGAUGGGACAAAUGUAGGAAGGGAUUAUGUGGCUGAAGUGAAAGCACGGUUGGAGUAGAGAGGGAGCGCCUAGCAAAAUGUUAACUUUCUAAAGACCCAUUUCUAGAUAUUCCAUGGGCCUCAGG